GCGCAGGAUGCGCGUCAGGGGGACGGGGCCGCCGCGGCACCGGGCACAGCGACCGCUUCCAGAUAUUACGCGUACCUUCAGCAAGCUCAAGCUUUUUACACGUUUCCGUUCCACCAAAUGAUGACAGCGCCGCCUAACAUGGAAAUCAUGACUGAGCAGCCGACUGUAGAGGGCAUGCCAGAGCCAGAAUUUGCUCAGGAACCUCCUAAAGAAGUUAAAAAAGGAGGAAGGAAGAGAAAAGCCAAAGCAACUGAGCCAAAGCAACCCAAAAAGCCUGCUGCUAAAAAAGAAAAACCGACUAAGUCAAAAGGCAAACAGGAGAAGAUCACAGAUACUUUUAAAGUCAAAAGAAAAGUGGACCGCUUUAAUGGUGUAUCUGAAGCUGAACUUCUGACCAAGACUUUACCUGAUAUUCUGACCUUCGAUCUGGACAUCGUAAUAAUUGGCAUAAACCCUGGCUUGAUGGCAGCUUACAAAGGACAUCAUUAUCCUGGACCUGGAAACCAUUUUUGGAAGUGUCUCUUCAUGUCUGGUCUAAGCAAUGAACAGCUGAACCAUAUGGAUGACCACACCUUACCACAUAAAUACGGCAUUGGAUUUACAAACAUGGUGGAGAGGACAACACCUGGAAGCAAAGACCUCUCCAGUAAAGAGUUUCGGGAAGGAGGGCGAAUUCUGAUGCAGAAAUUACAAAAGUAUAAACCUCGUAUAGCAGCUUUCAAUGGAAAAUGUAUUUAUGAAAUUUUUAGUAGAGAAGUUUUUGGAAUAAAAGUUAAGAACUUGGAAUUUGGAUUGCAGCCACACAAGGUGCCAGAUACAGAAACUCUCUGCUAUGUUAUGCCAUCAUCCAGUGCAAGAUGUGCUCAGUUUCCUCGUGCGCAAGAUAAGGUUCAUUAUUACAUAAAGCUAAAAGACUUAAGGGAUCAACUGAAAGGCAUUGCACCAAACACAGAGGUGCAGGAAGUGCAGUACACAUUUGACUUGCAACUUGCACAAGAGGAUGCUAAAAAAAUGGCUGUCAAAGAAGAAAAAUAUGAUCCAGGUUAUGAAGCAGCAUAUGGAGGAGCUUACUGUGAUCGUGCACCAUAUGAAAGUGAACAGUGCAAUUUCUCUUCAAACGGAACUGGCAAUCCACAGUAUUGUGAGGGGUCAUCAUCCUUUGGUGAAGUUCCUAAUGGACAGUGGAUGACACAGUCCUUUGCAGACCAGAUUCCAGAGUUCAACGCUGACAUGACACAAGAACCAGAGGGAAGCAGUGCGUAAGGGCUGUUUCUUCUCAGCUAUGCAUACAUGCUGCAGUUUUAAUGCAGUGGUGAAGAUUGGUACCUCGGUUCUCCAACUGAAGCAUUUUAGUAGUAUUUUAUCUCCCUUAGUUAUUUUAUUAUAGUCCAAAGUAAGUGUGUGGUAGGCUCAAAUCAAUGAACUAGGUAAUUUUAAGGAACUGUCGAAACUUUUUUAAAAAAAAGUUAGCCUUUUUUGUAUAUGAGUUUUAUAUUUAAUGUAUGCCAUUUCUUGCAGUUUUUGACAAAUUGCUUUCCCAUUGUGUCAAUUUCUUUGCGGCGUUAAUUUUAUUCCAUGAAUUGUAAUGUAAUAGUAAGAACAGCAGUAUACUUUUUAUUGAUGCCUCAAUGUCCUUUUAUAUAUCUAGAGGGGAAAAUGGGAAGUGUACCCUUACCUUACAUGAAGUGGUGUUUUUAAUUAUGCACAGUUAAACAAAUUGUGCUUUUUAAGACUUCCUUUUACUUUCUUAAAAAGUGCAGAAGGUUAAGUUCUGCAGCUGUGAGUACUGAGUAUUUUCCAGGGCAGGAAUAGAGAGGUCUGUCUGUCUAGUGAUUGGAACAUAUUCAGGGUUAAGGGAGCAGAGACAUCUCAAGUUAAAAUGCUGGGGAGGAAAAAUUGCGUCACGCAUGACAGGACCUUAAAUAUUCUAGCCGAACUGUCUUAGGGUAAGUUGUUCCUAUCAUUCCAUCUAUUUUCCCCUUAAAUUCUGAUGUAAGGAACUGGAAUUCCUUAAAAAACAGUGGUUCUUGAAUCUGUGGCAUUUAAAUUCUCAGUCACUUGUGUGAUUAGUCUCUUCACCUGACCUCUAGCAGGAGAACAGGUUACAUUUGCAGGGAAGUGAAAGACCAUAUUCCCUGUAAAAAUAUCUACAGUCAUGUUAUUUCUAUCAGGUACAAUUAGCACAGGGUGAAAGAAGAUUGUGAUUUAACUGUUUUUAACAUUAAUUUAUCUUCAAUCUGUAAGACCUUAGAGGGUGUUCUUAUUACUUUUACAAGUGAAAAAUACUAAGGUGAAGACAAGGGCAGCUGUUCCAUGAACAAGAAGUCAGCUGUUGGAACUACAGCUCUCUUCUUUAGAACUUGCGGAAAUAAUACACGCUUUUGGCCAAUACUUGUGGCCUGAGAAAGAAAUGAGAAUCCAUGCUUGUGCCUAACUAUCAUCUUCUUUCCCUCUUUUAUUAUGUGAGGAAGAGAUGAAGUAAAAGCAAUAAGCUGAUCAAAACAUUCAAGUUUUGAUGAUCUUAUGAGAGAAGGUGCUUCACAUACUUGAAAAACAGAUACAAACAGUAUCUCCACAGUCCAUGCUGGUCAGAGGUUCCUGUACCAGUCUUAUCCUUUCCUCACAGCCACUGACAGUUGCCACGCAUUGAGUGUAACUAGUUGGCAUAGACAGUAAUCCUGCUGUAACAUCUCUCGCGGAGAUCAUACGCUGUCACCCUGCUGUCAGGCAGGCAUGAUGUUUACAGUUUUCUUCCCAAAUGAUGUGGCUUAAUUCUGAGCGUCUGAAAUCAAGGAGUGUGCGUUAUGAUUAUGUUGAUUAGCUCCAGCAUAAAGCUGUUCAAUAUAUUGUCAAAAAGGUAUAGGAUUUGUCUUGUCUGUUAUUUAAUGUGUACUGUAUCAUGUAUUGCUGUUUACAUGGACAUUUUCCUGCAGGUGCUCAAAGUAUCUUGUAUCAGGGAUUUGUUACAAUUCAAUUUUAUUUUUCAGCAACAUCAGAAGCAUGUAACUAGCACUGCUGAUUAGGUGGUAUAGUAGUACGUAACUACUGUACCGCUAUCCUGUUUGAUUUGGGGAUAGGGAAAGGUCUCUCCUUCUUGAACAGAGGCACCUACUAGAUUAUCUAGGUGUAAAAUACAGUUAAGUAUAUAAUGACCGUUUCACUAAAUAUUGCAAUUUAUGUGUAUUUCCUCAGAACUGGUGCUCUUUUCAUUACAGUAAUACAGAGGUUCUUAACCUGUCUUAAAUUUAUCUCUGUUUCACAAUAAAAUCAGGAAUUAUAUUG